AUGUAUCCACAACUCCCAGCUGGUCCCUCUGGUGUGCCCCGACCACCUGUAAUAUACAGCCAUUACUCCGCUUCUACCCGUACUCCACACGGCCUGGGUGCGGCUAACAACGACGUCGAUAACGAAGCCAAGGGCGAGGCGGCCUUCGAAAGAAUCAGUCGCGGCGCUCGGGGAACUCACAGUGGCAGCGCUAGGUUCAGGACGGCCGCGCGAGCUGCCACCAAGGCGGCAAACCGACCACGUACCGCCGAAGCGCAAAGCAAACCAGGAGCGUUGACCAAGCCUUCUGUAAAAAUUGGAAAUGGCAAGGACAAGGCGACCGCGCCACAUCGCUCAGAAACUCACAGCUCCAUCAAUGGAGAAGAGGACGAUAUCGCAGAAGCCAUUGCGCGCUCCUUGGAUGAUAAGAUCGGAGACACUGAUGUUAUGGGUCUGCUUCCCCCAAUAUCUGGAGAGCAGGAUGACUCUGACAUUGCCGAAGCCAAGAUCUUGUCGUUGUUGUCGCACAACGGACCAGCAAAGCACAGAGCUAAAGGUCACUCCUACAAGUCCAUUGGUAGCGGUUCCGCGUCCAGUUCCACUGCGCCGCAUGCCGCCCUCCACUCUCUGCUCGACGUCAUGAAAAACAACGCAAAAGCUGCAGAGGAGGCCAAUCCUGAACAGCUGGCUAAAGCUGGUCCCGAGUUGGCAGGUAUCAUGAGGCAGUGGCACAACACGAUUGCUAGAGUCAUCUAUACCACUGAGGCGGCCGAGCACCAACGGAUGGAGGAUGCGAAAGCCCAGUUGGACUACGAUCGCGUUGUUGAAAAUAAGCAUAAGAGAGAGAUGGAUACGUUCAGCGGACAAAUUGGGGCACAGAUGCUUCAGAUGCAGCAUGAUCACCUCCAGGAGCUGAAGGAACAAAAGCAGGCGUAUGAGAAUCUUCUCGCACAACAGGUAGCAAAGCCGUCUGUAAUAACAGCACAAGUCCGACAUUCAGAUGCAAAGCCCACUCAGCCCCGAACCGUCAAAUCACCAUCACCACACUCUCAAGACGAGUUCGACCGACUUACCAACGAGAUCACUGCGCUCAACUCAAAGAACGAGACUAAGGUCUCCAACAUGCAAGCAUCCCACGCAGACCAAGUCCUUAUCCUACAUCAAAAGGCCGAGCGACUAGCCAACGCAAAUACUUCGCUCAGAAUGCAGGAGAAAUCCGAGAAGGAGAAGAUGCAGAAAAUGGAGACGAUGAAGCAGAUGUACGAAGCACAGCUUCAGGAGAUGAAAGAGGAGAUGAAGAACUCGGCGAAGCAAAUUGCGAAGCUGAAGCAGCAAGUUCCUCCGAUACCACCUUUCAUAUUCACAGCUGGAGGUGGACGGGGGUUAUCUCAGUCUCCGCGCUCAGACCUGGGCCCCUCAUCUCAAGAGAGUAGCGACAGUUGGUCGCGCAAAAGGGCUAGGCGCGGAUGA